UAUACAAAAAGAAAACACACCUCUUUUGUAUUUCUAAUUUAGCUUAAUAAUAACCAGUGGACCAGUGAAUAAAUUAAAAAUAAUGUUUCCAAUUCAAUCUCUAAAUGGACAAGAACGCCACGACUAUAUUCUUAAAACAUUCAUCCUUAAUAAAGCUGCAGCACAAAACAGUAAGCACAAACGUGAUAUCGAUGUCAUCCGUGAGAAUCACAGAUUUCUAUGGGAAGACGAGGACGAGCCUGACUCUUGGGAAACUCGACUGGCAAAAAAGUACUACGACAAACUUUUUAAGGAAUAUUGCAUUUCGGAUUUGAGUAGAUACAAGGAAAAUAAGAUCGCUCUCAGAUGGCGAACAGAACAAGAAGUCGUCUCCGGCAAGGGUCAAUUUAUUUGUGGAAGUCGAAAAUGCCCAUCGAAAGAGACCCUACGCAGUUGGGAAGUUAAUUUUGCAUACAUGGAAAAGGGUCAAAAAAUGAAUGCUCUCAUUAAGUUACGUCUAUGUCCGGAUUGUUCUAAGCAAUUGAACUAUACUCACCAGAAACGCGAAGUGAAAAAGCAAAAACGACUAGAGAAGUCAAAGAAAAAGUUAUCGAAACAUAAACAUCACAAAAAAGAUGAUGACGAUGAAGAAGUCGUAUAUGAAGAACAACAAACUCAAAGCGAAUCAUUAGAUAUGAUUAAUCCUGCUUCUUCAAAAAGUGCUCAGAAUGAAAGUAGUUCCAAUAUUGAUACUCACGAAGAGGAAAUCGUUAAUAUAUGGAGUAAGCCAGAGGUCGAGGUUGAAACCGUAGAACGUGAGGAAGAAUUUGAAAAAUAUUUAGAAGAUCUAUUAUUGUAGUUCCGUUGAAAAAUAUCUAAACAAAUAAAUUAACAAAUAAAGCUACCAACAAAACAAAAUAA